AUGUCAUCUGAUAAACCCCGACUUACACAUGAUGAUUAUACUGUGGCUUGGAUCUGCCCUCUUGUUGUCGAGCAGACCGCUGCAAUAGUCAUGUUGGACAGUGAACAUGAACGUCUGCCACAGCCGCCCAGUGACCACAAUGUCUACACGCUUGGAAGCAUCAACGGGCAUAACGUUGUGAUUGCUGGCCUCCACACCCCUGGCAAUAACCCUGCGGCCGUCGUCGCGACGCAGAUGAGAAACACCUUCCCGCAGCUCAGAUUCGGUGUGCUGGUCGGCAUAGGCGGUGGCGUACCGACCAAGUCUGAACAGGGAGACAUUCAUCUGGGACAUGUGGUCGUCAGCCAACCGGUAGGCGAGCACUCAGGGGUAAUCCAAUACGAUCACGGCAAAGCCCAAGUCGGCCAGUUUCGACACACCGGCUACCUGGCUCCGCCGCCAGCAGUAUUACUCAAUGCCGCUCGAGAAAUGGACAUAAGGCGUGCAAUUGCGCCGGAGGAUCCGGUUCUCAAUCACCUUUUGCGUAUCAACACCGGUCUUAAGCGACUGCGGAUAUAUAAAUUUCCUGGGGUUGAACAGGACCGCCUGUUCAAAGCAGAUUAUGUCCACCGUGACCCGAAUGCUUCCUGCCGGAAGUGUGGAUGCGAAUCGGACUUCAUUGUGGAUCGUCACGCUGACGACAGCGAUAAUUACAGCGAUGAUGAAGACAGCAUAUCCGAUCAAGCCGAACAACUCGUGGUACAUAGGGGGACGAUUGCCGCCGGGGAACUAGUGAUCAGACAUGGCCAGCUGAGAGACGAACUAGCAAAGCAGUAUGGUAUCCUCUGUUUUGAGAUGGAGGCUGCCGGGGCUUUGGCCGACUUCCCUUGCCUUGUUAUUCGAGGUAUCGCGGACUAUUCGGACUCGCAUAAGAAUGAUCGGUGGCACGGUUACGCGGCAGCAGCAGCAGCAGCCUAUGCUCGUGAGCUAUUCUUCCACAUGCCUGUGGAUGAGGUGAAGCAAGUCAAAAUAGCCGAACACGACGUGGAUCAAAUGAUUCAUCAAGUUGAAGGCCUCGCUCAAGAUAAUCAAUACAAUAAGAUAUGCGAAUGGCUUAGCCCCCCUGAUCCCUCGGUCAAUCUGAGCAAAGCACUCAAGGAGCGACACAUAGGAACGGGUUCUUGGUUUAUCCAGAGCCCACAAUUCGGAGAGUGGAUAUCUGGGACGCGUCAAAACCUCUGGCUACAUGGGAUUCCAGGUUGCGGAAAGACCGUUCUGAGCGCGACAACGAUAGAGCACCUCACUCAACAACUCAAACCUACUCAUGAUGUUCUUUAUUACUUUUUCGAUUUCAACGAUGUCGACAAGCAGUCAUGUGACAAUCUCAUCCGCUCUCUUAUUUCACAGUUGUAUUCGCGAUGUGAGAAUUCUCGGAAGGAGCUGGAUAAGCUAUGUUUGUCCUGCAACAAUGGCCGACAACAGCCGUCAUACGAAUCUCUUGUCACCACAUUCCUGCGGAUUGUGAGAGUUGAAGAAAUUCGGAUCGUUUUAGAUGCUCUCGAUGAAUGCAGAGCAAGACCCGAUCUUUUUUUGUUAAUGGAAAGUCUCGCAAACUCCGGUUGUUCCGUCCUCGCCACCAGUCGGAAAGAAGAGGAUGUUGAAUCAGAAAUUAGGCGCUGGAUGCACCAGGACAAUAUCAUUCCAAUCCAAAAUGGUGCUGUAGACGAAGACAUUCGCGCAUAUGUCCAUGCCCGACUUCAAUAUGAUCGAGGAUUUGAGAGGUGGCGCUCGAGGCCACAGGUGCAAGAAGAGAUUGAGACGGAACUUAUGAGGAAAGCCGAUGGAAUGUUCAGAUGGGCUACAUGCCAACUUGAUAUUCUGGAAAAGUGUCCGAAUCUGCCAAAACUCCGGGAGUCGCUCAGGUCUCUCCCAAAGACGCUAGAGGAGACGUACGGUCGAAUAUUGGCCAACAUUGACGAGAUCUAUCGAGAUUAUGCGAUCAGGAUUCUGCAAUUCCUUACUUACUCGGAACGACCCCUCACAAUAGAAGAAGUCGUUGAUGCUUUGGUGGUUGACCCCGAUGGGGACAUCCCGUUUGAUCCCGAAGAUAGGAUGCCAGAGCCCCGAGAUAUUAUGAGAAUAUGUCCAAGUCUAAUCACCCUCGUGGUAAGGACAGAGGAGGACUAUCUAGAAUACGACGAUCCAAAAUAUGUGACGGUGCUUCAGUUGGCGCACUUCUCUGUACAGCAAUAUCUCGUGUCAACAAGAAUUGCAGCAACCUUCCCAGUGAACAUGGCCGAGGUUGACGCAAAGGCAACUAUUACAAGACGUCGUCCGGCCCAUGAGCUCACGAUACAGUUUCCGCUAUCGACUGUAGAGAUUGAAGAAGUGAAAAAGGAAGCAUACGCAGUCUGGGGAGACCUAUUUGACCCAAAGCAAUGGUGGACUAAAGGCCUGUUCCAACUUCCUUUGGCAUCUCCACUGUACUACAUAUCUCUAUCAGAAGUCGAUGUCGAUGCCCAGGGUGGAAGAGGUAAUAAGGAAACUGUGGAGAUACUACUGGAUAACGGAGCUGAUGCAGCUUCUUUGGAAGGCCACAGGGACAUUGUAGAGAUACUACUGGAUCACGGAGCUGAUGCUAAUACAGCUUCUUUUAAAGCUGAUGCUAAUGCACAGGAAGGAGUGUAUGGCACUGCUCUCCAGGCAGCUUCUUUUGAAGGCCACAGGGAUAUUGUGAAGAUACUACUAGAUAAGUAUGGCACUGCUCUCCAGAUGCUACUGAAUAGCGGAGCUGAUGCUAAUGCACAGGGAGGAGAGUAUGGCACUGCUUUCCAGGCAGCUUCUUUUAAAGGCCACAGGGAUAUUAUGGAGAUGCUACUGGAUAGCGGAGCGGAGAUCAAUGCCAAAGGGGGGGAAUAUGGCACUACUCUUCAGGCAGCUUCUGCUAAGGGCCUUAAGUAA